AGUCAGAAGAGCUCAGCUUUUCCGCCGCGCAGCCACUCGAGCAACAUGUCCUCAGACGUGCAGCUGCGUGACCGAGCGGAGCCACUGACCAGCGGCCAGAGAGACACCCAGCGAGGCGAGGAGCGCGCGAGGAGCCACAGAGCCUGAGAGAGAGAGAGAGGGAGAGAGAGACCACAUACACUCUGUUGAUCACCCCCCCCUCCCCACGCUCCUGCUCAGGAGAAUUCCGAUUAUUCCAGGCCGAGUCCACACAGCGCAGCUUCAGGAGGGGCUGGAGCACAUCAGCAGAAAGCUGGAUUUGUAGGUGAGAAUGGACAGAUCAGAUGGAUGGAUGGGUAAUUGAACUGAAAGUGUGUGAAGGCUUGUGAGCACUGCUUCUUGUGGACUGUAGAGCUGCACCUGAGGCAGGGACAGAUGGAUGGAAUAAACUUAACAUUCUGGAACGCCUCUGAGGGCAAUGAGACGGAAACGGUGGAAGAGACAAGCCCGUAUAAGACAGUGGAGGUGGUAUUCAUAGUGCUGGUAGCAGGCUCACUUAGCUUGGUCACUGUGAUCGGAAAUAUCCUGGUCAUGCUCUCCAUUAAGGUCAACAGAAGCCUGCAGACUGUUAACAACUACUUCCUGUUUAGCCUAGCAUGUGCUGACCUCAUCAUUGGUCUCUGCUCCAUGAACCUCUAUACUGUUUAUAUUGUGAUCGGUUAUUGGCCGCUGGGCCCUGUGGUGUGCGAUUUGUGGUUGGCGCUGGACUAUGUGGUUAGCAAUGCCUCCGUCAUGAACUUGCUGAUUAUCAGUUUUGACCGCUAUUUCUGCGUCACUAAGCCCCUGAGUUACCCUGUCAAGAGGACGACCAAAAUGGCAGGGAUGAUGAUCGCUGCUGCCUGGGUACUGUCGUUCAUCCUGUGGGCUCCUGCCAUCCUCUUUUGGCAGUUCAUUGUGGGUGGCCGCACAGUGCCAGAGAAAGAGUGCUAUAUUCAGUUCUUCUCCAACGCUGCUGUCACCUUCGGCACCGCCAUUGCUGCCUUUUACUUGCCUGUCAUCAUUAUGAUGGUGCUGUACUGGCAGAUCUCCCGGGCAAGCAAGAGCCGCGUCAAGAAAGACAACCGCAAGCCUUCGGGGGCCAACCUUGGAACGGCUUCACCCAGCCAGACCCGCUGCAAUGUCGCCAGCAAGCCUGAAAACAACAACUUGAUGGUGGAGGACCCUGAUAGGGGUCAGACCCAGACCACAGAUGAGGUGACCAACCAGCACGACAGCAAACUGCAGAAUGGCAAAGGGCCAUCCACAGCCAGCAGGGAAGGGGAGAACGGAGCGAGGGACAACUGUGUCCCAGUGGAGGAGAAAGAAAGCUCCAACGACUCCACUUCUGGCAGUGGGGCCGCAGCCAAUCAGAAGGAAGAGGAGGUGGUGCCUUCCAGAGCCAAUGACAGUCAACAGCCCGCACGUCACCACACCAAAGCUGGGGGCUCCAAGCUCACCUGCAUCAAAAUUGUCACCAAGUCACCCAAGGGAGACUGCUACACCCCCACCAACACCACUGUGGAGAUCGUGCCAGCGGCAGAGAAGCAGAACCAUGUGACGCGGAAGAUCGUGAAGAUGACCAAGCAACCACCCAAGAAGAAGAAAGCACCUCCUUCCAGGGAGAAAAAGGUGACCCGCACCAUCAUGGCCAUCCUGGUAGCCUUCGUUGCCACGUGGACACCCUACAACGUGAUGGUUCUCAUCAACACGUUCUGCUCAAGCUGCAUCCCCAACACGGUGUGGACCAUCGGAUACUGGCUCUGCUACAUCAACAGCACCAUCAAUCCUGCAUGCUACGCUCUCUGCAACGCCACAUUCAAAAAGACCUUCAAACAGCUUUUGCUCUGUCAGUAUAAAAAUAUCCGCUCAGCCAGAUGAGCUCUACGUGCGUGCUUGAAUAAGUGCAUAUAUGUGAACCUGUGGGCACGUAUGAGUGUAAUGUAUUUGUGCAAUGACUGAAAGUGUGAGUGUGGCAAAUGGGUGCAUUGCUGUUUUAUGUCUUUCUGUAUUUCUGUUAUCAAUAACCUGUUGUAGCACUUUACACAGAAGCGAUUGCAACUCAGAAAGGAGAAUAUUGCUGCAGGCUUUGCAUACAGACCUGGAGAGGUAUUGUUGAGAUUAAAAAAAAGUAACAAAACUACAGAUAUUACUACACACAAAAUAGUGCUUUAUAAACCUAUAAUAUAUAAAAGGUCAAAAUAUUAGCAUAAAAUACAGUUCACUGUGCAAAAAUCAGAGACCACUAUUUUGUUUAUUAAAUAUCCAGUCAAACAUCCUCUAAGUAAGAGAUACUGAUUUUUCAGCGUCAGAAUUAAGAAGGAAGUGUAUAUUUAACAGACAAUUACAGAAAAAGCCUCCAACACAAGUAUAAUAUUCAAUCUAUCAGUGUCACUAAGAAAAGGGACAUCUAAAUAUAACAGUCUAAAUAUGUGUUUGGAUUACUUGAAGUGUGGUAAGCAGAAAAUCCAACCAACUUCUAAGACAAGUGUGGAAAAAUAUCCCUGCAGAUUUCUUUGAAAAACACUUUUCAACUCUGCUAAACUAACUGAAGCUGUAAAGAAAGGGCAAAGGGCGGACACUUUACAUGCUAAAACAAUGGUUUAGUUGUAGAAGAUUGUGUAAUUUUCUGUGAAAUAUAUGUUGCAUGUUUUUUCUGAAGCUGAAAAUGAAUAGCUUAGUAUGUGAAAAAUACUUGAAAAGGUGGUUGCUGACUUUUGCACAGCACUGUAUGUCAGUGAGUCACAGUUUGGAGUGGAAAUUCAGUGUUUAACCUAAUUAUUUAAGGUACAGUACCUAAAUACAGAUUUGAGUUGAAAGUGCAGUAUUAAGAUUUGAAUCUGCACUGUUCAAAUCUACACUGAUUAAAGGGACAAUAGGGCUGACUGAACACUCAAACCUAGUGUUUGGACUUCAGUAUAAAAUAAUAUUGUACAUAUUUGUAUAUAAUCAUGUACAGCAUAUAUUGUGUGUAUGGGGCAGUGUUAGGAAUCAGGGUAAAAUGUGUGUGUGGUUGGUAGACACAAGGAAUGCAUGCUGUUUGUGUGUGUAUGUGUGUGUUGUACAGAGACAGUGUGAGAAAGAGAAAAAGAGUGAGAUUGUACUAGUUAAUCUACUGCAUACAUUGAAUAUAGGUGUUAUAUGGUAAUGAUUGCAGGAAGACGUAUGGCUGGCCACAGGCUCUGUGUGUGUGUGUGUGUGUGUGUGUGUGUGUGUGUGUGUGUGUGUGUGUGUGUGUGUGUGUGUGUGUGUGUGUGUGUGUUCCUGUACUGGCUCAGACCUGAGAGAGCUACUGGAGAGCCACUUUGCCAUAUCCACAUGUAAGAGCUUUGAGUGCUCAGGCCUCCAGAGAUGCAAAUUAAAAGCUUUUAAAAUGAUGAUGGAGGAGCGGGGUGAAGAGACUCUUUUAUACAGAGCCAUUAUUAUGGGCUUGGGAUUUUACACUUGGGUUUUUCAUAACACAUUGCAUGCAAUUUUAUGACGCAGUGUCAAAUGGUGGCACAACAACAAAAUGACUCUAAACAAUGAAUUGUCUGUCUAAUGUGGCGCUAAUACAGCCUCAGUUACUGCAGAUCAAUAACCUAACCCGUGUCUUGUGGAGACCUUUAGCAUGGACGUUACUUCACAACUCGGCUUUUCUCAUAUUUACAAACAUGUAAAUGAGUGCUAAUGUUAGCAGGCAUGCGGCAGGGGUUUGAUUCAUGAGACCUGCAGGUGGCUAAGGCACACUGCCAAAGUACCAUUCUGGAGAGAUCCUGUGCUUUUCCCCUGGGUGUAACAAUAGGCAAGAGUCCAAGAGCUGGGUAAAAGGGCAUACUAACCAUCGGACAGUGUAUGAAUGAUUGAGUGUGUAAGUUUAUGCAUAUGUAUGAACAGAGGUAGCGCGCAUGUUGGCUCUAGUUGCAUCACUUGAUCCUUCUGCUAUGUGGCAGUUCAGACUUAUUGUAUCUUGCUCUGAGGUAUUUGAGCCACAGAGGGAAAUGGAAUUCCGCUCUUGACUGCUAUAGUAUGAGGCAAGUGGUUGUGCGUGUGUGUGUGUGUGUAUUUGUCUUUUUGUGUGUGUGUGAUCACCCUGAAAUGGGGGUUAUUCUAAAUCACAGGCCUUGGCCUUGUGAAAUAAAAAAGGGCUAGAUAUUUGAAACAUUUCAUCAUAAAGCUGCACAAUGCUAUUGUGGUUCACGAUGAAGUCUUUGGAGAAACCACUCUCAUCUCUCAUUCUCCUUAAACAUGGCAUAUUUGAAGCAGAAGUCACAAAAGCAACAUGAAGUAACAUCUUCUCAAAUAUGUGCUCAAGAAUUUGUUUAAUGUUCACCUGUAAUUCUUUCUGUCUGUCUCUUUUAUAGUUGUUAAUGUUAGGUGUAGCAAAGAGCAUUGUGGAUUUGAGUGCAGUGAGGGCUUUGACUGAAGAAUUGCACAACAUCGUAUAGCAUCACAUAACAGAUGAGCGCAACUAUACUGCAUAGAAUGUGACGCAGCGAGAGCACUGAUAAAUCAAGCUCAUUUUCCCUUCAGCUCAUGUCGAUUUAGUGGAAUAAAACCUUAUUUAUUUAGUAAAUGCGUCAUGUUUGGUGUCAGCCAACCAACUGUACACAAACUCGCUGUUUUUCAAUAAUAAUGAUUAUAGAAUGUUAGCUAGGGUGGCAGACCACUGGUAUUUGUUUGUUUAUCUUAAAGAUUUUAGACUGACUGCAUACCUUCUUAAAACUUAGUGACUCAUUGAUUCAGUUGUGUUGGAUAAGGAGAAGGUUUUGACUCAGUGGCGUUGGGUAAAUUGAAGGGUUUGACUCAACGCUGUUGGGUGUAGUGAAGUAUGACUCAGUGGUGUUGAGUAGAGAAGAUGUUGACUCAGUGGUGUUGAAGGAUUUGGCUCAUUAGUGUUGGGUAAACUAAACAAUUAGUCAGCAGUGGGCUUGGGGAAGGUAGGGGUAGGGGUAGAUUGGUGUGGGGUAGAGUGAAAGCUUUCACUCUGUGGUGUUGGAUAGACUGAAGGGUUAGUCCACAGUGGUGCUGGGUAGGCUGAAAGGUUAGUCUACAGUAGUGUUAAGUAAAAUGAAGGCUUAGUUAAAUGUGGUGUUGGGAAGGCUGAAAGGUUAUUCGGCAGUGGUGUUGGGUAGACUGAAAUGUUAGCCUAGUAGUGUUCAGUAGACAGACUUUUGGCUCUAUAAAGAAACUUUUAAUGGAAAUUUAAUGAGAACAUGAAGAACUUUUUAAAUGUUGAAAGAAUCCACACAUAAUGUAAAAAUUCCAUACCUAGAAAUAUCCGCCCAAGACAAGGACUCUUUAGGAACUUUUGUUCUUCAGAGUCUAGUUUUGGUUAGAGUGCAGGAUUUUGGCUGCAGUGUUUGGAACAGGAGGAGUCACUGCCGUAAGCAGUGCGAUACAGAGCAAUGUGGGUCGGAGUAAUAACGGAAUCUCACGGUAAGAUGGAUCAGAUUAGCUGAUGAUGCUGAACACUGUACGAGAUUGAAGAUUACACAUUACACGGUCGGCAGGCUCAGUGGUUGCCUGCUCCACUUAGUGUCCCACACGCUUUAAUCUCCUCAGCCAUGAAUCCACGUAAAAGCGAGACAUUGUUUAAACAAGCAAGGGAUGCUUACAGGGCUUCUGCUAUUUAUAUUAACAUUUCACUUUUCCCUUUCUCAUAUACAUCCUCUAUCUUACUCUCCCACUCUUUGCAGCCCCCUCUUAGAACCUUCCUUUUCACUUUCCACCCCCAAGGUUCUCUUUCUAUCUUUUAGCCAUACAAUUAUCUUUCUUCAUGUUUUAUUAUCAGUUUGUCAACUUUCUGCAAAUUGCUUUUUUCCAUCGCUCCUAGUUUCACAGCCACAUGGUAAUUUAAUUCUCUCUAGAGUCUUUGUAGUCUUUUGCAGGUGCACAGACUCAGUCCUGAGUGUAAAGACCUUUCUUGAAAGGAUACUGCAUGUUCUUUUCUGGAAAGACUCUAGAUGUUGGAACUGUAGUGUAGGGGUUUGGAAUCUUUCAGCCGCAAAAACAUUACUGAGGUCAGUACUGAUGUUGGCUAAUUAAGCUUGCAACGGUGCUGCACUUUAUCCCAAAGAUAAUUCAUGAGGCUUCAUCUCUCCAGAGAACACAAUUUUACUGCUCCCUGGUGAAAUGAUGAGGAGCUAAUGCCCCUCUAUUUGACCCUUGGCAAUAGUGUAUGGACAAAUUAGGCUGGUGUGCACCUGUUCCAAGGCAUUCUAUUCUAUUUCCAAAGCUUUCCUAUAGAGAUUACAUGGCUGUGUGCAUGCAAUUUAACACCGGUGUCAACAACAGAUGGGUAAAUGCACAUAUAUAUCAAGUGUGUCUGAACACUUUUUAAUGCAUACUGUUUGUGUUUUAAAGGCAUCUGGACCUGGUUGAGAGCUCUGGUAGGUCUGGCAGGGAGCUAUGACUGGGCGAUAUGACAAUAAGAUAUUAUCACAACAAAUUACAUCACAAAAAGCUUUUCAGAGUAUAACAUGUGUGUCAUCAGUGCUUCCAGAACACUUCAUAUUUCAUUAAAAAGACAUUCCCGAUGAAUGUAGCUGUCUAAAGUUUCACCCUACAUUUUAAAGAGUGAUGCACUGAUGUGUACAUCAUUUACACAUGAACACAGUGGUGAGCAGUUUUGGUGUCAUUUUGUUGUCAUAGUUUUCUAAGAUUAUAUUAGUUGGCACAUCCUCUACAGGGACCAAACUUAAGAUACGGCACUUCUCUGAAAAUUUUAGUGCACGAUUUCUAUUUACUGGCUGACUUGAAAAAUGAAACAUGAAAUAUAAAAUGUUCACUUUUGUACAGGCCACAUCGUAUGUUUUGGUUUUUCACCAAAAAGGUUCAAUUUUGCAAAUUUACAGUACUUGUGCAUUAAAAUGUGCUGUAGUGUGUUCUUCGUAGAUCAUGUGUUAACUAAACGUCAUUUGACCAGGAGAGCCAAAACUGUUGCUAUAGAACUCUAAAGUAUAUUCCAGAAAACAUAAUAUCGUCUUUAUGUUGGCAAUAACUGUGUUGAUGGGAUAAACUUUUUCACACUGCUUCAAUACUUUAACUUAAACUUAAGCAACUUAGUUGUCUUAAAAUUUUGAUUUCAUUGAGCUUCAAACAAUACGUUAACGGAAGGUAAAACACACACAUUAUUGUUCUGUUAAUGUACUAUUAGAAAGUCAAUUAACUCAAUUUUUUAAGGCAACCAGGUUACGUACUUUUUAAAUGAAAACUGAAUAAUUUUUUUUACAGUGCAAUGAGGAAAUAAUGUAUAGAAUCAUGUUAACUAUAUUUAAUAUGUUAUAUAUUGUUAUAUAUUUAUUUCAAUGUAUUCUGGAGUCUAAGAAGCCACAGUUGGUCCUGCUGGAAAGAUAUUGUGCAACAUCUCAAAUGUUGAAUAAGAACAAAUCAUUGGACACAUAUUUUUUUCAUAGCAUUUUUUAAAUUGUGUCCAUUCCAAUGUACCAAACCCAAAAAUAUUGUAAGAUUUUGCCAUGUUGCCUGCCCCUACGGUCCACAUCCUUGUUCUAAUGGAAAGAAGUUCCCUUAAAGGCACUACUGUGCUUUCCCAUUUCAGCCUCAUGGCUUCACCGCUCUGACAGCAUGAUGGAAGACGUUUGAGGGCUUGCCUCUAUGGAGCCGUCUCAGUAAUAUGAGACAGACAGGCCAGUCCCGGCAGCAUGCCAGGCCCAGAGCUUUCCCAUCCGUCAGGCUGAUAAGUGGAUAUGGGCCUGCAUGUCACCUGUCGCACUCCUCACCUCCACCCCCCCUCCACGUCCUCCUCUUUCUCCUGAUGUUGGGAGCGUUGCAGCCCACCUGCUCACCUCGAAGAGCAACUAGAGCAGUCAUUGCGGCUGUGUCGUUAACGCAGUGUGAAAGACCAGUCCGAUAGCCGCUAAUCUCUACCACAGAGAUAGCAGGAGUGUGGCAGUGAGUGUUCAACAUGGCACACAGAUCAGUUUUCCACUCACCUUUCACUCUCCAUCCCUACAGCAUGACCUGUGUGGCCCUGAACGUGUGAACACAUUCUUAAAUGGCACAACAUUCAUGUAUCGCAUUCACUCUGACCUUUUUGACGGAGAUAAACUGGAGAGUGGUACAUGAUACCGCAGAGUGGAGUAUGACAGAGCAGUGUGCAAUGGCACACGAGUGUAAGUGAUAAGAUGCGCUUGGCCAGGUGGGUCGAGCUGUGCGACAGCUGGCAGUCAUCUGCAGGACCUCGCCAGCUCUUUGAGCUGUGUGUACUGUUCUUGCCUGAUAAGAAGCCACUCUGUUCUCAGAGAGGAAGAGCGAGGGGAAAAAAAGAAAGUGUCAAUCGGCAUCUCUGGGUGACACCUGUUUAAAAGCAACAGAGAUGUUUAGGGUCACGGCACCACCAGCUUUCUGUCUCAGAUACACCACUGGGUGACUGGUGCAAAGAGUACAGGAAGUGAGUGAGUGUGCAUGGGUGUUAGCAUGCAGCAGUGGAGUGCUAUGGCCGAGUGAGCUGGAGAAGAAUUCAACACUCUUGUCUUGUCUCCGUUCUUAUCAUGACAACAUGCAACGUCAUAUAAACAUAUAGCACAGUAGAAAUAUCAAAGGGCUAGGAUCUAAUUUAAGAUCUACAAAUGUAUUAUCAUUUUUUUUAUAUUCUUCACAAUUUAUUAUUUUUAUUUAAUAUUUUUUGGAAACAAAAGGUGCCAGAAAGGGAUCCACACUGAAAUGCUCUGUAUUCAACUUUGUACCUUUGAAGUUUAAGUUAUUACCUUGGUCGUUUCAAAAUUUUGAUUUAACAGGAUGUAAAAACUGAUUGUUCAUUUGUUAACUUACAGAACUUAGAACUCUAAUCAACCCAAAAGUUUAAGGAAACUAGGUCGCAUCCUUUUUUGAGAAUCCAUAAAGAACCAUUUUUAAAAGGUAGUCUGAGGAAAUUGUAAAGCUUUAAAGUAACUUUACAUAAUAUAAAAAUUCUAUACCAAUUUAAGGGAUCUUCUGAGAACCUUUACAUUAUGUGUAAAGCAGACAUUCUUAAACUAGUCCUCAGGACCCCCAUUUGGUCCACUUUUUUGGCUUGCAUUGUGAAUUAGGUGGGAGCAAAAAUGUGGGCUGUCUGGGGGAGCUCUGAGGACCAGACAGAGAACCACUGCCCUAAAGAAUCAUCUAUUGAAAGUUUUGUAGGGAAUCAAAUGUAGUUCUUCUAUGGCGUCAUGCAAGGAACCCCGUCUGGCACCUUUAUUUUUGAGAGUCUAUAUGGUUUUAUUUUAGAUUCUAUAAAUAAAUAUAGGAAGACGCUAAAGGUUUAUUUGGAGCAAUAUUAUAGGAUCUCUAAAGAAGGCUCCAAUGGAUGGAAUUCCAAUAAAGGAAUACCUCAGCAUCUUUGAACUUAACAAAACAAUAGUUUAGAUGUUUGUCCCUGUUGUAGUGUAAGAACAGAAAACUGAUUCCAAAUACUCAUCAAAUGUCAGUGGCCAGUGUGUUUUGAGUCAAACGCUUUUCUGUUCUUUUACUAAAAAUAGCCUAAAAUAGCCCUUCAGUAAAUGUCAAAACUUGAUCAAAAAAUUGCUUUAAAAACCCUCUAUGAUUAUUUCUGCUAGCCCCUAUGAAAUUCUCCUAUGUUAACGGUAAGAUAGUGGUGAUUAAUAUGAUUAAACACAAACAUUGGAAGCAGGACUUGCAGAAGGACUAGUCUGAUGUUUUUCUCACAAAACUGGUUCCAUUGGAAAUGAAAACAUUUUGCUUCAUUCCACUGUCACUUAUUCUGAUAGUGGUUAAUCUGACACAUCAGGCCUGUCCUGAAGUCUUAAUCAAUAAGAGAGGCUGCAUCUGUCUUCGCUGUAUUUAACUACAUGCAAAGAAAAUCCUAAUUUGAUGAGGCCUAGAAGGCCCUAAGGGUUCCCCACUGGCUAAAUACACACUAUAAAUAGAGAUUAGGUUAAAGAAUUAGUGAUACAUACUUUUAAAGAACCAUUAAGUGCUAGGUUCUUUAAAUAACACAAGCUCCCAAAAUCUGUUUUUGCCCCCCCUUGUUUUAAAGAAUGUAUAUUAUUCCUAUAUUAUUGUGCGGAUUUGAAAUAUUAUUUUUAUUCUAAAUAUCCUACUAUAUAUGUAAUAUAUAUAUAUUACAUUUAAAAAUCUGUUAUUUUUUGUGUGGUCAGGGCGGCACUGGCUGUUCCUGCAGCAGAAUGUAUGAAGGCUGAGGCUGGAGUGAUGAGGCUGAUAAUUACAUAGUCAACCUCCCCCUGUGCUGCCUGGAUAAUUCCACACAGUUACUUUUUCAAAACGACAUGAAGUGCCUUACAGAAUUCAAAGAUGAAUUAUUUAAACUUUUGAUUAUUUAUUAAUAUAUUUAUUUUGAUUAAUAUGCCUUUCUUCUUCUUUUUUUCGCUAUCACGGUGUGAUUAUGUUGUGUAUGACUGUGAGUUGACGGAAAAGCACAGGAUCCUUUAAACUGAACAUUUCACUUACGCAGGGUGUCAAGAGUCUGUCCAGUGAAGCUGCAGCAGCAAUGUAACGUAAUGAGAGGUCUUAAUGGUUCUGUCAGUGCAGUGCUAUCUCUGUAUAUAUGUGGAUGGGUCAUCUCUGGAGACCUGAGGCUGCGUUCAGUAUAGCAUUUCACAAAAAUGAGAUUUGGGGUGUGUGUGUGUGUGUGUGUGUGUGGGUGUAUGUGUGUGUAUGUGUGUGUGUGUCUGUGUGUGUGUGUGUAUAAGGAUGCGUGUGAGAGUGUAUGAAGUUUGUAUAUAAGUCUUUAUGUCUUGGUCACUUGUACACUUUUGCUGUGUAUUGGGGGGUAAUGGGUUUGAGUUAAACUGAGAUUAAAUUGAGAACUGUGUGUAUAUCAAAACUAUAAAAUAGCCUUGGCAUGUGGUUAACCUGGGUGUUACACAAUGUGAAAUACUCUGCUGUAAAGCAGGACAGUGAGAACAUAUCACAUACACGCACCGGCAAUUUCAGAGAAGAAAAAAUAAAAACCAACGGCUGCCAAAGACACAUACUUAACUGCCAGGGACAAGCCAACCUGUCAACAAACAAACAAGCAAGCAAGCAAACAAACAAACAAAAUGAUCAAGUAACAUCACAGGAGCAUACUGUAUUGUAUGUACUUAAAUACAUCUUUUUGUAUGAGGUUUUAUAAAUGUCCACUCAAUGCUGUACAGAUGUAUUGUACAUAAAGUGCGAGCUGUUGUUAGACUGAGGAGAUGACUCUCAAGUAUUGAUUCUGGAGCUGAAGCAUCUGUCAGUGGAAACAAGGGAUAAUUGGACGUUAAAUCAAGAGUCCACCACAGACAAGCUGAGCUUUCAAUUACCAAGUGAGAGAGAGAGAGAGAGAGAGAGAGAGAGAGGUGAAAGAUGACAGAACAUGAUAAAGUUAGUGAAAGUUUCUAAUUGUUAGUCGCAGAAGCUCAGUAGAGCCAAGUGCUAAGAGAACUUGUCUGGGCAUGCUAACAUAAAAACAGACUUCAGUUCAUGUUUUGUGGGGUUUUUUUUUUUUCUUUCUUUCUUUUGCUUUUGAUGGAGUGCUUAGCUGAGCACCGUCUGGUGCCUGGGAGAGCGCAUUCGCUCGCAAAAAUGUGCUCAUAUGCCUGAGCUGGACCCAAUGAUACCAACUAAGACGUUUCUCUAGAGUGUUUCCACACAGAGUAAAAGCAGCUUAGCCUGUGAGUGAGACAAAGGAACCAGAGGAAGCAUGACUCUAAGGCAAACUCCUCUUUGGAAUGAACCAAAAAUCAAAAGAAAAAAAAAAAAAAACACAGUGUGCUUGCAUUAGAACGUAUGAACAGAAUGAGCUUUGACUCGGGAAGUUGGAGCAGAUAGAAACAGACAUGGAUAAAAAAAAAAA